UGUAUUAUGCAUUUAUUUGAAGUUCCUGAACGCAUUUUUGACUACACAAUAAAUCAAGUUGUUACAAUUUUCUACAAUCGCUAUCCAAAUUCAUUUUCUAAACAUGUCAUUUCUGAAGAUGUAAUUUCACGGGAAAUUAAAGGAGGGAAGAUUAUUACAAGGAAAUUAAUUGUUAAGAGAGGUGCCGGUUUUCUCAAGUCAGUUCCUCGUUGGAUUUCUAGACAGACUCAUGUUGCUUUUAUGCCAACUUUGGAAGAAAGCAUUUUCGAUGUGAAUGAGGGGACUUUAAUUACACAUACAAGAAAUGUUUCGUGGACAAAUACUUUGGAUAUGACUGAGACCUGUACUUACAAAAAAUUGCCUGAUUCCAAAAGCAGCGUUAAACGUAUUCUCUCCGUUAAAGCAAAUUGUCGUUUCUCCAAUUUAGUUGAACAAUUUUUGCUUAAAUUGUUUCGUAAAUCUACAAAUAAAACUUUGAAGGGAUACGAUGAAAAGUUGAUUGAAAGAUUUGGACAUCAUACUUCAACACAACAACCUCAUCCAACUUUGGGAGGAAAUCAAAAACAACAACUUUCUGAAAGGGCUAGUGAUUUAAUUAAAAAACAUCGUGGAGCUCGAAUUGGAAAUGGUUAA